CGCCACUCCUCCUCUCCACCUGCAACCCAUUUACAACCACGACUGCAUAUGCUCCGGACGACGCUAUUGCGUGUGGCUCCGCUGAAAGCACACGGGCCGCGCUCCCUGGCGGCGCUGUGUGCUCGCCCACACCACUUCUCUGGCGCGUUCAUGUCGACAACGACGUCCAAUCCGUCUGAUAAAUCUGGUCCUCGUCAAACACCCGAGAUGGCCCAGUCCCCCUUGAGAACGCCCGGGCCAGUCAGCACCGUGCCCACUAUGGUUCGCGGAGACUGGGUGCUCUUCCACCCGGUCUACUCGCCCGAGGAGCUCAAGGCCGUGGAGGUACUGCACCAGGAGGCAAAAACCAUACCAGACAAGAUGGCCUAUCGGCUCGUUCGCCUGGCGAGGUGGGGCUUCGACUUUGUCUCGCGGUACAAGCACAGGCCUCUCCCGCCGGGCAGCGAUAUGACUGUCCAGCAGCUGCGCAAGGGCGGGUACAUUCUCGAUGAACGUGGUUGGCUCAAUCGAAUAUUGUUCCUGGAGACGAUUGCGGGCGUGCCGGGUAUGGUGGCUGGGACGCUGAGACAUCUGCAGAGUAUUCGCCUGAUGCGUCGCGAUAGUGGCUGGAUCCACACCUGCCUUGAGGAAGCGGAGAACGAGAGGAUGCAUCUAAUGACGUUUAUGACGCUCCGCGAUUCCCCGAUUUGGUUCCGUGCGCUUAUACUCGGCGCUCAAGGGGUGUUCUACAAUUUGUUUUUCAUGGCAUAUCUCAUUUCGCCCCGCACAUGUCAUCGAUUUGUCGGUUAUCUGGAGGAAGAGGCGGUUCUGACCUAUACUCGCUGCAUCUCCGACCUCGAGAAAGGGCUCAUUCCCGAAUGGACAAACAAACCUGCGCCAGAGAUCGCAAUCGACUAUUGGCGGCUGUCCCCAGAUGCGACCCUGCUCGACGUGAUAUAUGCUGUCCGGAGCGACGAGACUACCCAUCGGUUCGUAAACCACAGUCUGGCGAACCUCGAGCCAGACAAAGACGUGAACCCGUUUGCGCUGCGAGAGCCGGGGAUGGAGGUCAAGGGGCGCAAGAUUGCGUUUGAGCGUGACGAGGCGGAGGCCCAUAUGCGUGAGUCGCAGGCGAUGAUUAAGGAGAAGAAGGACGACUGA